AUGGAGAGUUUCGCAAAGAUCUACCACUUCCGGCUCCUCUACUCGGGGACUACCUUCAUGUACCCCAUCCUCGGCGCGCUGCGCAUGGCGCGCCAGGACGGGCGGCGCGUCCUCUACCGGCGGCUCGAGGGCGGCGGCGGCGAGCAGUACCUCCCUGUCGGCUGCUGGGUCGGCCGCGAGCCGACCCCGCGUGAGAUGUCCGAGCUGCUGCCCAGCACGGUGGGAUCGGGCGAGGCGCGCGGGGAGAGCGCGGCCGCGCCCCCGGGGUCUGCCACGGGGUCUGCGGACGAGAGGAUGCCGUGGGACUGA